AUGGAAGGGAGAGGAAAAAUAAACGGUGGAGAUGGAACUAGGAGAGGUGGUAGAGAACAAGGUAGCCGUCCGUUUCCGAAGAGAGGGCAAGUCAAAGUUGGGAUCUUGCUUGGUUUUGCUAAUUCUUUUGCUUCAAUCUUUGGCUCAACAAGAAACUUCCAUGGACACUAA